CUUCUGAGAUACUUGACCUUGCUUGAAACGCGCAGCCUGAUACAAAAUCAUGGUAACAAAAUGGAAUUUGCUGGCAGUCUAGAAAGUUUCAUCAGGCACGAGAUAACAGUUAUCGAUGGGAAGGACUCGCCUAAUAAACUGUAUUUUGGGAGGAAUGAGUAAGACAGGCUGAUUAGAUAAUCGAAACUAUGUUAAAGAUCGGAGUGCCUGUCAAAGAUAUCGUUACACUUCUUGACAUAUUAGGAAAACUUUCUGCAAAAGUAAAGCCAAGUUGAAAUUUAUAUUUAAAGGCUCAAAGGCUGCCUGGACCCGUGACUUCCUACCAAAAGUUCCGUACCUCAAAUCAUAAGAUAUUCCUACUAUCCAAUAUUCCUAAAAAGAUGUGCGUUUAAUUCAUCGUUAAUUCUGGUAAAAGUGUUUUAGGUUUCCUUAAGAUUGGAAAGAAAAAGCUUUUUGUACAUGACAAGAAAGGGGCGUGUUUUGAGUGCAUGCCUUUAUGCGUUUUGGAUUUUUACAUACACGAAUCACAUCAACGACAAGGAUGUGGCAAAAAGCUGUUCGACUUUAUGUUGCAGACUGAAGCCAUUAAACCAUCCAGUUUAGCAAUUGAUCUACCCUCUAAGAAAAUGAUUCAAUUUCUACAUAAACAUUAUCAUUUAAUUAAUCCAAUUUAUUCACCAAAUAAUUUUGUAAUAUAUUCCGAAUUUUUCAAUGAAAUUUUACGUGAUUCAAUCAAUACAAGAAAACAAUCAGCCAGUGUAAAUUCUAAGCUGACACCAAUUCGAAUCUGGGAUAGUAAAAAUACACUAAGUAGCAAUAAUAGUAGUAAUCAUAAUAACAAGUCAGAUGCUUCUUUAAAUGACACCAUUUUAAAUUGUCAUCGUCCUUCAUCUAGUAAAACAAAUCGCCGCGCGGACAGUUCAAUGUCUAUUGAACAAACACAAUUGAAUAGUAAGAUAGACAACAACGAUAACAAUAAUGAUGAUUAUGCACAGAGUAUAAAAUUAAACAAUCGACAAGUAUAUCAACCGCAUACUAAGAUAAGUGAAAUGCCAACUCAAUUAACCAUUAUACGAUCAUCAAAUUGUUCAAAUGAUGAGAAGGAUUGUAAUCGAUCUUUCAAACAAAUUGAACGUAUUCAAUUAAGUGAAGUGGAUGACAGAAGAAAAUGUAUUAUUCAAAAUGACAUUGAAAAGACUAACAGAUGUGAUGUACAACAAAAAGUUAUUGAGAAAAAUGUAAAUAACUUGACAGUAUCAACGAAAUCAGAUUACUCAGUAUUAAACAGUUCAGAGGCAUGCAGUUAUCGCUCAGCGAAACUUCUGAAUCGAUCCAAAUCGAGCUACUCAUAUAUCAGCGCUGUACGUAAUCAUAAUUGUCAUACACGAUUGUGGUGAUUUAUUCAACUAAAAUGAAGGAAAGAUACUUCUUGGUGACGAAUUUUCUCAGUGAAUUAUGAAUACUCAUCACGCCAAGCGGUGUUCCUUCUUUCUUUCUCUCUCUCUCUCCAAUGAAUCGGUUAGGCGAAGGCUUGUAAAUACUGAGGUGAAAAUAAUUCUGCUGGCAGCAACAAUUUCUUCAAAUUUUGUUUGUCGGUUGACUUUUUAUUCAUAUUUAUACGACGAGUAUUCAUUGUGGCUGUAUGACGCAAACAACCCUCUGUCUCAAGAACACGUUUACACUCUGUGUGUGUGUGUAUGCAAUAUUCACGAAGACGUUGAACAUUCUGCUGAACAUACAUAUUUUUAUUUUAUUCGAUGAGAGAUAUCAUUUGUCUGUUUAUUUUCUUCCUUUUUUUCACCACCAUCUUCCCACUACUGUUGACUAAUUUUUCUGUGAUUCUGUUUGUUUUUUGUCUUUUUUCUUGUAUUUUUUUCAUUACUACUGAUAUCGCUACUCUUAGUAGUAUAUUAACAGAGAGGUUGUGUGUGUGUGUGUGUGUGUGAGUUGGUGCACGGAUGAAAAUGAUUUUAACGUUUAAUAAAUAGCGCGGUGUAAUUCUUUUUCAACGUAUAUAUUUUUCUUGUGG